CCUUCAAAUUCUCAAAGCGUAGUCAGAAAAUUAGGGUUCCAAAUUAGAGAUGGUGAAGGGAAGAAAUUAUAAUGCAGUGGCAGUGGUGGUGGGUUUGCUGGUGCUCUAUUGUGGGCUGGCUCAAGCAGCAACUUACGUUGUUGGUGGUGAUAAAGGUUGGACUUACGGCGUUGAAACUUGGCCUGAUCAGAAGAUAUUUCAGACUGACGAUGAACUCUUGUUUUACUAUAGUUCUGCGGACCACAACGUAGUGAUUGUGUCACAGGAAGAGUAUGAAAAUUGCAAAGCCUCAAAAAAUGCAAAAGUUUAUCGGACAGGAAAGGAUCAGAUCAAGCUUAAAAAGGGACCAAAUUAUUUCAUCUCCAGUAUCAAAGGUCAAUGCGGCAAUGGAUUAAAAUUAGUCGUUCAUGCACAUUAAUUCGCAUAUUUAAGCCAGUAAUAACAGUGGUGCAAUAUUAAUGCAUCAUGAUAUAAAUUUACUAAAUAAAAAUGGCGGAUUAUUGCUUUUGUAUGCGGGUGGUUUGUGUUUCGUUCCAAAGAAAUAAAGCUUGUAUUAUUCCUCGAA